AUGGAGGAUGCCCAAGCCACCGCAAAAUGGGCAAACCGUGUCCUGCGCCCCUUGACCUCCAUCUGCCGUCGAAUCGCAAAGCACAAAGAAACGGUGUCGAUGAUCGCGACCGAGUCAAAACUACAAGAAACAGCAGAGAGCAAUGAUUUGCCUACUUCGGAACCCGACCACAAACCAGAAAGUCGGCACAACUGCUCAGGCUCGGAUGCGGAUCCGGAUGAAAACGACCCAGCUUGGAUUCCAGGGAAAAAGCCCGAGCGACGUCGACCCAGACACAAGUAUUCGUCCAAAGCAGAAGAUACUGCAGGCAAAAAGCGCGAUAGACUAUCAAUACACAGCCCAGAAGCCCCACGCACUCUGCCCGGCGCUAUUGAGGUCGCGACACCACUCAUCACUGGGAGGAGGUGGGAGAUGCCCUCGAGUGCACCGUCAAAACGCCCGGAAGGCCAUGCCAACCCCAAUAGCCAACUACCACAGCCGCAAGUGUUCCGUGAUCGAUAUUCGCUCCACAAGAGCCCUUGGCAAGAACUUCUUGACCAGUCUGGUGAUCCGGGCUUCGCCAGCAUAGCACACAAUCUUGAUCGCGUCUUCCAAAAUUUCCUUUGCAAUACUGUGAUAUCGACGCGAGAAGUGAAGCCCUUAUCCGAAACAAACAGGCGUGGGGCACGAUCCUUGCUGUUCAUGGUGGCACGAAGUUUGCCAGAAUUUAUUGCGAGCGAGCAAGAGGCGCAGGACGAGUUGGACGAAGACGGGGACGAAGAUAUGUGUAAUGCAUAUUUUACAGAAUUGGAAGCAUUUUAUGCGCCUUAUGGGACAGGCUGGAAGCCACUUCGCGAGGCUGUUCGCGCCCAGGGUAUCUACUUGAUUUCUACCCUGAUACAGAAUCAUUGGAUAACAGAUUCGAUUGCAUGCGCGCUGAUUGAGAAAUGUCGUUCCUUUGCGCCCGAAGAAAGUGACUCUUUGCUCUCUACAUUGCUUUCCACACGCAAAAAUUACCCAUACCCCCAGGCUGUAAGGCCAGUGGUUGGCCAUGACCUUUCGGAUCCGGUCCGAUUGUUACACAAGUAUGCUCAUCAUGGCGUUGCCAAUCGCUCUUACAUCUUCGAUGAACUUGCGAAGCUUCUCUUGCGGGGAGUGCUACCUCCAGAGUGGAUGGGAACCAAGUUGUGGACUAGCUGGAUGACACGAGCAACGAUAUCCCUCUCAAAAGAGGAUGAAGACUGUCCUGCAGCUACGCGUCUGAUUGAAGCUGUGAUUCUCUCAGCUAGUGGUGUCCGCUCUGUCACCCCUGCUCAGAGUCCUACACCAAAAUUACUCGUGAAGGGAAAGAAGGGAAUGACUGCCCGUGCUCGUACGACCAGGGCUGUCCCCAUAGCGUGGGAAAUCUCAAAUAUUGCACGGCCUUGUCCCUUACAAGUGAAGGAUGCACUGAGCAAUCACGUUAUAAGCCUCAUGGCAGCGAUCUGCGGCAUGCACAUUUCAAGGUCUCGUGCCUCCGAAGACACUGAUUGUGCGGAUGGAACGAAGGCGAGCUGCAUUACACGCUAUCUUCAUAUUGCUCUGCAGCGAGAACUAGACUCAAUUUCUGUCGUGCAGCGGCCUGAUAAUACCCCUCAUCAAUUAUUACGGCGUGGCUGCAUCUUGCUGGCUACCAGUCUUGUACAGUGCAACGACGAAAUUUUAUUAAACAACCACUAUACGAUGGUGUCAACAGCUAGCAUUGACGAAUACGCGGAGGUUAUAGCAUCUCAUUCUGACAUGAUUAGAGAAUUAGCAUUGUUUGUACACCAAGCGUUCCGCUGCCUCAGAAAGAAAGCAGAAGAUGAAACCGAACAUACUGGCGGCGAAAUACGAGACAUGAUUUCGCAACUCGUUCGCUUAGCUGAUACACCAGCUUUGUCCACUUUGCUUGGGCGAGUGGCGGCGGAAGCUGCCAUGGAGUUUGCAGAGGCUACAGGAGAUCCCGAUGACCACAUCUGGGCCAUCGACGUUCAGGAGGCAGCCGUGAAAAAACAGCGCCAGGAAGAGACUGCCCAAAGGUCUUUAGAAGAACCCGAGAAAUCUAGCCAGAGUACGGGUCUGUUUCGCUGGGAAGAUAGCAUAGGGGAGUGGGUGGCAUCUACGCCAGCGACCAAGGGAAAGCCCAUCCUGAUGCAAAGGCCCAUGCGCAUGCUAUCAAGCCCGGUCCCCUGUAUCGCUUCUUCUACAGACACAAACAGCGGCUCACCUGGGUCUGAUCGCUUCCAGGACUCUGUCUCAAGUUUGACCUCAUCUCCCCUGCCGAUGGCGGCCAAGCGGACUUUAGAGGACACCGAAGUUUCACCAACACGGCCUAGAAAACGGCAACGACUCACUCCAGUGGUUGUAGUUGACAAGGGUGAAAAUACCCCUCAAGUACGCUCUACUUUCUCGACUAGAUACAAUCCUACCGUGGAACUAGUCACUCGCCGGGACAUCCUGCGAGAGCGCAGCACCAAUCUGGCUAGACGGAUGACCCCGGCAACACAACAGGCACGGAAGGUUGAAGUCGUGAUCGUCAAUCACAAAGAAUGCAGCCCGCGUCAGCCUAUUGCUCGGCCCCCUUUGGAGCGUGCUGCGAAGCAGGUCCAUCGUACAGUAGAGAGGCGAAGGUCUACGCGCCCUUCGGUUUCAACCAUGGGCGGCAUCGUUGAGCCGCCGAAACCUCGACAAAAGGUCAAUCCAUAUUUUCAGGAUAGUGACAGUGACGACGAGCUCAGCUUUUUUUGA